GGGAAAAAAAAACAGAAAACGUUUUUGCGAAAAAAUAUAUUAAACGUAGACUAAAGUCAAUAACAAAGCACCAAAAUGUCCUUCAAAGGCAACCCAAAGGUGCAAAAGGUGAUGGUGCAGCCCAUCAACCUGAUCUUUCGUUACCUGCAAAGCCGUUCGCGCGUCCAAGUGUGGCUCUACGAGAACAUAUCGCUGCGCAUCGAGGGCCACAUUGUGGGCUUUGACGAGUACAUGAAUCUGGUGCUGGAUGAUGCCGAGGAGGUGUAUAUUAAAACGCGCCAACGCAAGAAUCUUGGCCGCAUCAUGCUCAAGGGGGACAACAUAACGCUUAUACAGAAUGUCAGCCCGUCCAAGGAUUAGGCUUAAUUCUCGUAAAACUAAUAAAAAAACCAUACAUCAUAAGUGAUUUAAUUGUAAGCCGAAA